AUGAAAAGGAGCCAAAGCGAUGUAUCAUUAUCUAAAUCUCAAGAAUUAGCUGGUAUUUUAGGAGAGAAAUUAGACAGUUUAGAAAUUGGAGACUCAAGUAAUAUUAAUCAACAAUCAACAAUAGAACCAACAAAUACAGUAUCAACAAAUAAAACAAUUUUGCAACCACCACCACAUACAACAGCACCAACAACCUUAUCAUCAUUGAUUACAGAUAGAAAAUUCCUUUCUUCAUCUUCAUCAGGAACAGCUAUCUCUUCUUUAAAUUCAAAUUCAAAUUCAAAUCCAAAUUCAAAUCCAAAUUCAAAUCCAAAUUCAAAUUCAUCAACACCAUCAUUAAAUUCAUCAAAUACAUCGACACCAUCAUUUGUUUCAGAAAAACAAAAACCAAAGAAAACAUUAUCAGUAACUAGUUUUGAUUUAUCAGCAGGUGAUCUUGUACCAAAAAAGAAAUAUGCAACAGUAAAUUCAGGUGGUGAACUUUCACCAAAAAAACCAAAUAAAAUGAAAUCAGUUUCAAACUUUUUCAAAAAGUCAACUAGCAAUAGUAAUCUUUUGGAUGAUAAUGAUUUAAAUAGCAAUGGUAAUGUUGGAGGAUCAGGUGCUGAAUCACCAAGUUUAAAUUCAUCAAGUUCAAGUAUAAAUAGUUGCAGUGGCUCAACUCAUCAAUUAACUCUCAACAACAACAACAAUAAUAAUAAUAAUAAUAAUAAUUUUAGUGGUAAUGGAUCAAAUACACCAACAGGUGGAUCAUUAAGAAAGAAAGAAGGAGAAUCAUUUAAAUCAAAGAUUGAUUCUUUCUUUUCAAUUAGUGGAAAUGGUAAUGGCAAAAAUAAUAGAUCAAGUUUCAUUGGUGGUGGUAAUAAUAGUAAUUUAUUAGAAUUCAAUUCCUCUGACGAUUCAGAUUUUGAUACUUCAUCUGAUGAUGAACCACCUAAAAAACAAAUUUAUAAAAAAGGUAAAUUAAAAAUAUUUAGUACUAGUAGUUCUAGUCAUCAAAGAUCAAAAAGUAAAGAAGAAGAUAACAAUGGUAGUGCAAAUAAUAGUCCAUCAAUGAAUUUACCAGAAUUAUCAACAAAUGAAAUCUAUGGUUUACCAAUAACUCAAAAAGGACAUGCUCCUUCUCCAAUUUGUAAUAGUAAUUCAAUAAAUACAACAACCUCAUCUCAACAACCACCAUUACAACAACAACAACAACAACAGCAACAGCAAUCACCAACAAGUUCUAAAAAGUUAGAAAGAAAAUCAAUAUCAGAUCCAAAUAUGUUAACAUUAAUUAAUGGUGAAAAUCUAUCAUCACCACCACCACUACCACCAACAACAACAACAACAACAAUACUACCUACAGAAGAGAUUAACAACAUUGAUGAAGAUCAAGAUCAAGAAGAUUUAAAGAAAUCAUUAGAAAGAAGAUUAAUAAGAAGACCAACUGUAGCAGAAUUAAAAUUAGAUAAUAUUAUUUUUCAAACUGAAUUUGAAGAUGUUGCUAUAGAACAAACCAAAAUUGAAAUAAAUAGUCAAAAAUUAUUUGCAGGAACAAGACCAAGUAAAAAGAAAUUCUUUAAUACUCCACUUCCAAAUACAAAUUCUAUUAAUGUAUCAUUAUUAAAGAUUGAAAAUAAUAUCAAUCAACAAAACAAUCCAACCAAAGAAGAACAACAGACAACUAAACCAAUAAUUGAAACUAAUAACGAAGAAUAUAACAGUAGGAUAUUACAAUUAAUUAUGAGUUGUCCCGGUUGGAAAAAAGAAAAUGAAAUGCAAGAAGAUUCAAAUAAUAACAACAACAACAAUAAUCAAUCAUUAUGCAUUGAAGAGAUUGAAAAUGAAUUCCCACAUUAUUUUGAAAGUUUUAUGAAAGAUAGACAUAAAAACUAUUUAGCAAAUAACCAAGAUGAACUUGGUCCAGUUGUUAUUAGUAUAAAAAGAGAGGCUGAAAGAACUCCUUCCUAUAGAAAAUUAAAGAAAAAGAAAAAAGAAAACUCAUAUAUUACUGAAGUUAGUGCAAGUUGUCCAAAUUUAUCUGUACAUACCCUCCCAUCAUCAUCAUCAUCAUCAUCAACAACAACACCUUCAUCAUCAUUUUUAAAUUUACCUCAACAAGCACACUCAACUCAAGCAUUACAACAAUUAACUCAACAACAACAACAACAACAACAACAACAACAACAACAAUCUCAACAACAACAACAACAACAACAAAUACAACAAUCACCACAAUUAACAUUACAACCAAUUACUCCAAUACCAAAUAUUGAAUCAACAGAAAGAAAAUUUAAAACGAUUAUUAGAACUAAAGAUGGUGAAGAUAGAUUUUAUUUAUCCUCUGGUAAAUCAUCACCACAUGAACUUAUCAAUACAAUUAAAUCUUUCUAUCUCUCUGAUUAUCCUGAAUUACAAUUCCAAAAAAUUCCAAAUAACUCUGAAACUAGAAAGAUGCUUCAAUAUUGGGAAACCGCUCAAAUGACUAAAGAUUAUAAAUUUGGUAUCCUCUAUAGAAAGAAUAAUCAAACCAAUGAAAAUGAUUUCUUUUCAAAUAAAGAUGAAAGUCCUGAAUUUAAAGAGUUUUUAGAAUUCAUUGGUGAAAAAGUUAAAUUAAAAGGUUUUGAUAAAUUUAAAGGUGGUUUAGAUGUAAAAAAUGAUACAACUGGUACUCAUUCAGUUUUUAAAACUAAAGAAGUUUCCAUAAGUGAAACUAAGAAAUUCAAUGUAUCAAUAAUGUUCCAUGUUAGUACAUAUUUACCUUUCUAUCCAAAUGACCAACAACAACUCGAAAGAAAACGUCAUAUUGGUAAUGAUAUUAUUGUUAUAAUUUUUCAAGAUAUAAAUUGUUCACCACCUUUUAAACCAAAUAUGUUAAAAUCUGAAUUUAAUCAUGUUUUCGUUGUUAUUCAACCAUUAGAAAAAAUUAAUUCAAAUGAAAUUACUAAAUACUCUGUUUCAAUCACCUACAAAGAUGGUGUUUCAACAUCAUCACCCUUUUUCCCACCUCAAAAAAUUUGGAAAAAGGAUAAUGUAUUUUUAGAUUACCUUCUCACAAAAUUAAUUAAUGCUGAAAAAGCUUCAUAUUAUUCACCUUCGUUCUCAGAUAAAAUGAAAAGGACAAGAUUAAUUUUACUAAAAAAUAUUGUAACAACAACCUUAAAAUAA